GCCACCGAUGGGAAGACGUUAGUUGCAAGGCAGAGGCUGCACCCUGGAACGUGUUACGAGUGCUGCUCAAUUCGCUGGAGCGAACAGGUAUUUGUCCCGGCUGAGUAAAGGUAUCUGAUAGCGGUCUUCAUUCUUAAAAAAAGAAAGUAGAGCCACUUUGCUGGGGAACUUUGUAUAAAAUUCAUCAUGUUCAAUCUGAUGAAAAAAGAUAAGGAGAGGGACUCAGGAAGGAAGGAAAAGAAAGAUAAAAAGGAGAGGAUGUCUGCAGCAGAGCUGCGAAGCCUGGAGGAGAUGAGCAUGCGGCGAGGUUUCUUCAACUUGAAGAGAGAGGCAAAGCGUGAGUCCAAGAACAAACUGGAGAUCUCCAACCCAAUUCCGAUCAAAGUGGCCAGCAGCUCAGAGCUCACGCUGACUGACAUUGAAUCAGACAGCUUGAGCAACAGAAGCAGUAUGGUUCUGGAUGAGCAGCUGAGCGCAGCUAGCUCCAAUGAUGACCUGAAGGGUGACGGCGGAGGACAGGAUCAUCGCAACUCUGUACGAGAUCGCGUAGCUCACUUCGGCUCACUGGCUAAGCAGAACUCCUCGCAGAUGGGUCAAAUGAUGAAGCGCUUUUCCUUUUCCCAAAGAAGCAGAGACGAAAGCUCCUCAGAAGGCUCCACGCCUUCAGGCCAGAACGCUGUUUCUCCGCAAGUGGAGAGCAAAGUCUUCAACAUGCUGCGCAAACACAGCCUCAACCAACAGACAGCAAAACCCACUGUCAGACAGUUCUCCAUCCCUGAAUUGGUUGACAAGACCUUCCUUGUGCAACUACAGCUGCCAGCUGUUGUUGCACCGAGUGCACCCGAGACACGCGAGCUGGUACUCCAACGUCGUAACACAGGGGAUUUUGGAUUUUCUUUGCGUCGCACUACCAUGCUGGACCGCAGCCCAGACGGAGCAGUCUACAGGCGGGUAGUUCACUUUGCUGAACCUGGUGCAGGUACAAAGGAUCUGGCGCUUGGUCUGGUGCCAGGAGACAGACUGGUGGAGAUAAAUGGGCGCAAUGUAGAGAACAAGAGCCGGGACGAGAUAGUUGAGAUGAUCCGCCAGUCUGGUGACACUGUGCGACUGAAAGUGCAGCCAAUCCUGGAGCUGAGUGAGCUGAGUCGCUGUUGGCUGAGGAACACAGAGGAACUUCGAAGGGAGGGAUCAGUGGAAGAGGACCCUGUAGCCCUCCUUCAGGCAUCUCGUGCUGCUUCUCAGCAGUCCCAGGUAAAGACGGAGGAGCAGAUAGCAGCAGAGCAGGCUUGGUACGGUUCUGAGAAAGUCUGGCUGGUCCAUAAGGAAGGCUUCUCCCUGGCGACAGUGGUAAAGACAGAUCCUGGCUCCCUGCUAGAAGGCAAGGUGAAAAUCAAACUAGAGCAUGAUGGGACAAUCAUUGAAGUGGAUGAGGACGAUAUCGAAAAGGCCAACCCGCCAUCAUACGAUCGGUCAGAGGAUCUGGCUUCGCUGCUCUAUCUUAAUGAAUCCAGUGUGAUGCACUGCUUGAGGCAGCGCUAUGGGGGAAACCUCAUCCACUCCUAUGCCGGACCCAACAUGGUGGUCAUAAACCCUGUCAGUACAGCCUCCAUGUAUUCAGAAAAGGUGAUGCACAUGUUUAAAGGGUGCCGGCGCGAGGAUUCGGCUCCUCAUAUCUACUCUGUGGCCCAGUCGGCCUACCGUAAUCUUCUCACCACAAGGCAGGACCAGUCAAUUGUACUACUAGGAAAGUCUGGAAGUGGCAAAACCACCAAUUGCCAGCACCUAGUCCAGUACUUGGUUUCUGUUGCUGGUAGCACCGGUAAAAUCUUCUCUGUGGAGAAGUGGCAAGCAGUCUAUACCAUCCUUGAGGCUUUCGGUAACACGUUCACCGCUAUGAAUGCCAAUGCCAGUCGUUUCUCACAUGUGGUGUCGCUUGACUUUGAUCAAGCUGGACAGGUGGCAUCUGCAUCAAUUCAGACAAUGCUGCUGGAGAAAAUGAGGGUGAGCAGACGACCGGAGAAUGAGUCAACCUUCAACGUUUUCUAUUACAUGAUGGCUGGGGCUGACAGCACCCUGAGGACCGAGCUACACUUUAACCACCUGGCUGAGAACAGCACUUUUGGCAUCAUUCCACAGUCAAAGCCCGAGGAUAAACAGCGAGCGUCGCAGCAGUUUACGAAGCUGCAGGCAGCUAUGAAGGUGCUGGGCGUUUCUAGUGAAGAACAGAAGGCACUCUGGCUUAUCUUGGGAGCCAUUUACCACUUGGGGGCUGCCGGAGCAACGAAAGAUGGAGAUGAAGCUGGACGCAGGCAGUUUGCCCGCCACGAAUGGGCGCAGAAGGCAGCAUACCUCCUAGGAUGCACCUUAGAGGAGCUGUCUUCGUCCAUCUUCAAGAACCAGGCCGUAGGCAUGAAACACUCCACCUCAUUCAGAGGAGGACCAGAUGAAACUGGCCAAGGUGACUCAGCCUCGAAGGUCACAGCUCUGGAGUGCUUGGAGGCCAUGGCAUCAGGACUCUACUCGGAGCUCUUCACUCUGGUGAUAUCCCUGAUAAACAGAGCUCUGAAGUCCAGUCAACACUCUUUGUGCUCCCUUCUUAUCGUGGACACUCCAGGUUUCCAGAACCCUCAUCUUGUUCAGCAGCAGCGAGGAGCUAAGUUUGAGGAGCUUUGUCAUAACUACACCCAGGAAAGGCUGCAGACCUUGUUCCAUGAACGGACCUUUGUCCAAGAGAGAGAGCGAUACAAGGAGGAAAACAUAGAACUUGCUUUAGAUGACAUAGAGUCCAGUCCUUCAGUGUCUGUAGCAGCUAUCGACCAAGCGUCAGCUCAAGCUCUGGUUCGUACACUGGCCAGGACUGAUGAAGCCCGUGGCCUUCUGUGGCUGAUGGAAGAAGAGGCAGUGAAUCCUGGCGGUUCAGAGGAUACCAUGCUGGAGAGGCUCUUCGGCUACUAUGGCUCCGCACAGGGAGAACGGAAAGGAACCAAUCUGCUGCUGCGAGGACAGAAGCCACACCUCUUUCUGCUGGGCCACAGUCAUGGGACAGACUGGGUGGAGUACAACACCCAGGGGUGGCUUAGUCAUGCCAAGCACAACCCUGCUGCCCAGAACGCAGCCACCCUGCUGCAAGACUCCCAAAAGAAAAACAUCAGCGGGUUGUUUGUGGGCCGAGCGAGCGGGGCAACAGUGUUGUCAGGCUCCAUUGCUGGUCUGGAAGGAAGCUCGCAACUAGCCCUGCGACGGGCCACAAGCAUGAGGAAGACCUUCACUACAGGUGUAGCUGCUGUCAAGAAGAAGAGUUUGUGUAUCCAGGUCAAACUUCAGGUGGAUGCCCUGAUUGACAUGGUACGUCGCUCCAAAGUCCAUUUUGUCCAUUGCCUGGUGCCCAAAGCGGAGGCAGUGGGGGGAGGAAGUGAGCCACGUGUUACACAUGGAGAGAGCGCAGAUUCUGGCCUCAUGACUUUGGAUGUGGGUCUUCUAAGAGCUCAGCUCCGAGGAUCCAAACUGCUGGAUGCACUGCGCAUCUACAGACAAGGAUACCCAGACCACAUGGUGUUCUCUGAGUUCCGAAGGCGAUUUGAUGUCCUGGCACCACAUUUAACCAAGAAGCAUGGGCGUCACUACUUUGUGACCGAUGAGAAGAGGGCAGUGGAGGAAUUGCUGGAGUCCUUGGAUUUGGAGAAGAGCAACUACCACAUGGGGCUAAGCCGGGUUUUCUUCAGAGCGGGGACUCUGUCAAAGCUGGAGGAGCAGCGGGUUGUUCAGACCAAAAGAAACAUCUCUCUGUUCCAGGGUGCCUGCAGGGGAUAUUUGGCCAGGCAAGCAUUCAAAAAGAGGAAGAUCCAGGAUUUGGCAAUCCGGUGUAUCCAGAAGAACAUCAAGAAGAAUCGCGGGGUUAAAGGUUGGCCGUGGUGGAAGCUUUUCACGACAGUCAGACCUUUAAUUGAGGUCCAACUAACUGAAGAGCAAAUCCGUGGCAAAGAUGAAGAGAUCCUCCAGCUGAAGCAGAAGCUGGAGAAGAUCGAGAAAGAAAGGAAUGAACUGAGACUCAACAGUGACCGUCUUGAGACCAGGAUCGCUGAGCUCUCUUCAGAGUUAACUGAUGAGCGGAAUACAGGAGAAUCGGCCUCCCAGCUGCUACAGACUGAAACAUCUGAGAGACUCCGUCUUGAGAAGGACAUGAAAGACCUCCAGGACCAGUUUGACAGCAUGAAGAAAAAUAUGGAAUCUAUGGAGAUGGAAGUGAUGGAGGCUCGUCUCAUCAGGGCCUCUGAACUCAAUGGAGAGUUGGAUGAUGAUGAAUCAGGAGGCGAGUGGAAGCUGAAGUAUGAAAGAGCUAUCAGGGAAAUUGAAUUCACCAAGAAGCGACUGCAGCAGGAGUUUGAGGACAAGCUGGAAGUCGAGCAGCAGAACAAACGGCAGCUGGAGAGGAGGAUCAGCGACUUGCAGGCCGAUCAUGAAGAAUCGCAACGAAAUAUCCAGCAGCUAAAGAAGAAAGCACAGAGACUCACGGCCGAACUACAGGACACCAAACUUCACCUGGAGGGCCAACAGAGCCGCAAUCAUGAUCUAGAGAAGAAGCAGAGAAGGUUCGACAGUGAGCUCAGUGCAGCCCAAGACGAGGUGCAGAGGGAAAAGACCUUGAGAGAGAAACUGGCUCGAGAGAAAGACAUGCUGACUGGAGAGGCCUUCAGUCUCAGACAACAGGUUGAGGACAAGGACCUGGAGGUGUGUGCAAUUAAUCUUAAAUUGGACCAGCUAGAGGCUGAGCUGCAGGAUCUCAACUCCCAAGAGUCCAAGGAUGAAGCGUCACUGGCUAAGGUGAGAAAGCAGCUUCGUGACAUGGAGGCAAAGGUAAAGGAUCAGGAGGAGGAGCUUGACGAGCAAGCUGGAACCAUCCAGAUGUUGGAACAGGCUAAAUUACGUCUUGAGAUGGAGAUGGAGCGUUUACGUCAAAUCCAUUCCAAGGAUAUCGAGAGCAAAGAUGAUGAGGUCGAGGAAAUCAGACAGUCAUGUAGCAAGAAGUUAAAACAAAUGGAAGUUCAUCUUGAGGAAGAGUAUGAUGAGAAGCAGAAGGUGCUGAAAGAGAAAAGAGAGAUGGAGUCAAAGCUUCUCUCUGCCCAGGACAAGGUGAGAAGUGGUGACAGUGAGACUGAGAAACGUCUGAGGAAAGACCUGAAGCGGACCAAGACUUUGCUGGCUGAUGCUCAGAUCAUGUUAGACCACAUAAAGAACAAUGCACCCAGCAAGCGGGAAAUCGCUCAACUAAAGAACCAGCUGGAGGAGUCUGAAUUCACAUGUGCAGCUGCAGUAAAAUCCCGUAAAUCCAUGGAGGAGGAGAUCGAAGAUUUGCAUGUUCAAAUGGAGGACAUGUCCAAAACCAAACAGGCACUGGAGGAACAGCUGAGUCGUCUGCAAAGGGAGAAGAAUGACUUGCAGACCAGAAUGGAGGAAGACCAGGAAGACUUGAAUGAAAUAAUGAAGAAGCACAAGGCUGCUGUGGCUCAGUCUGCCCAGAACUUGGCUCAGAUCAGUGACCUUCAAGCACAGCUGGAGGAGGCACUCAAAGAGAAGCAGGAAGUGCACGAGACGAUGCAAGCCCUCCAAAGUCAACUAGACUUCCAGGAGCAGUCCAUGGUGGAGAAAUCCCUCGUGAGCCGGCAGGAGGCUAAAAUCCGUGAACUUGAAACUAAGCUGGAGUUUGAGAAGACCCAGGUCAAACGCCUGGAGAGCCUUGCAGCACGUCUCAAGGAAAAUAUGGAAAAACUGACGGAGGAGCGAGACCAACGCAGCAGCAGUGAGAUCCGGGAGAAAGAACAGAGCAAACGAUUCCAGAGACAGAUUCGCGACCUGAAAGAAGAGAUGGUUGAACUUUCCAAAAAGGAAGGAGAGGCCAGCCGCAAAAAGCACGAGCUGGAAAUGGACAUUGAGAGCUUGGAGGCUGCAAAUCAGAGCCUACAGGCAGACCUCAAACUAGCCUUCAAAAGGAUUGGUGACCUCCAGGCUGCCAUUGAGGAUGAGAUGGAGAGUGAUGACAAUGAAGAGCUUAUCAAUAGUUUACAAGACAUGGUGACAAAGUAUCAGAAAAGAAAGAACAGAACUCAAGGGGAUUCAGACACUGACUCUGAGGUGGAGGGUCGUGUGGAUGGGGUGAAAUCCUGGUUGUCCAAAAGCAAAGGAUCCACUAAGAAUGUUUCAGAUGACGGCAGCCUGAAGAGCUCGAGCCCCCCCGGCAGAAGACGCUACUGCUCCAGAUCUGACGAGGAGGAGGAAGACGAGAAAGAAGACGGCGCCCAGGGAUAGUUGUACUCUUCUCUAUACAGAUAUAGCAAUCAACUGAAAGAUGUUGGUGAUGACAAACCUUUAGAGCCGGGAUCUUAGUUUAUGCUGUGUUUAGCCUCACUUUCUGAAAUACAGCUUUAGCCAUUUAUUGUCUUGCAUGCAAAGUUGACCUCAUUUGUGGUUGUUGGACAGAAACACAACAACAUCGACAAACUUAGGAAACCUUUUUAAUACGUUGAUUCUGUCAAAACUUUGCGGUGUAUCCUCUCAAGAUUUGCCUCGUUUAGAAACUAAAUGGUCUUUCUUUGUCGUCAGGCUAAGCUCACUGUCAGUGAUUGCCAUUAAACUCCUAUCUUGGAUGUAACUGAGCCAAAGAGUUAAAAGAUUUCCAUGAUAGUAUAUAUCAUUUCUUAAUCUCUUUGUAUUGUAUUUUCUUUGCAUAUUGCUCAGUUGAAAUAUGUUAUGCCAUAGCACCGCGUAUUGCCAAAAAGCUUUUGUUUCAUAUCCACAGUUCUGUUGUUGCCGAUUGAUACUGAACCCAAGAAAGACUCGUUAUUCCUUUUUCUUCUUCAGUCUUUCCCGAGACAAGUGCCAUUUGAUUCAAGUGGGCUCUUUCUACACCUGGCACACUGAAGACGCUCUCUUCUUCCCACUCUCUAUGCCUUUUGCUGGCUAAUGACCCAAUUUUUACUCGUGAAAGGAAUUGAAUCAUGAACUCUCAAAGGAAGCCAGGAUCGAAUUCAUUUUUGGAAAAGCAGACAUGCAUGAUAAUAAUAUCCGACAGGCUUUGUUCACAGGGUUAUUUCAAGUACUUGUCAGAAUUUCUUUUGAGCAGAAGAAGACCCUUGCUAGCGUUAUCACUCAUUUCAUUUAGAUGUGGUUUUUCCUUACCAAAGGGAAUUUCCCAUGCUGAAAGGCCAAAAUCCAACAUGAGGAUUACAACUCGAUUCUGAACUUAGUCUAACGAUGAUGGCCACCAUCUUCUCCAAUUCCCUGUCCCUGCCUCUCAGCGUCAAUGCCAAGUACACCUUAUGUCAUACAUGUACAGUACAAGUAGACACAUACAUAUACAAAGGUUAAUGUUUCUUCGAUUUUUGACUUGGCAAUUCUUUGAAAGAGUAUGACUUAUCCACGGAAGCCAUUUUGACAUUUGCUUCAGGGCAAGGGCAUUUGAUAAAAUGUCAGAGCUGUUAAAGAGCGCCAGCAUGUACUUGUAAUACCAAAAUUACAUUUUCUUAUGACUCUGGUGCCUGUCUUAUGACAUGUGCUAAUAAUGUUGGCAAUACUGCGAGCAUGGAGUACAGUGGGUACGGAAAGUAUUCAGACCCCCUGAAAUGUUUCCCUCUUUGUUAUAUUGCAGCCAUUCGCUAAAAUUAUUUUUCUUUUUUUCCCCCUCAUUAAUGUACACACAGCACCCCAUAUUGACACACAAAAAAACUGAAUUAUUGAAAUUUCUGCAGAUUUAUUAAAAUUGGUGUGACACUCAUAUUGAACUCAGGUGCUGUCCAUUUCUUCUGAUCAUCCUUGAGAUGGUUCUCCACCUUCAUUGGAGUCCAGCUGUGUUUGAUUAUACUGAUUGGACUUGAUUAGGAAAGCCACACACCUGUCUAUAUAAGACCUUACAGCUCACAGUGCAUGUCAGAGCAAAUGAUAAUCAUGAGGUCAAAGGAACUGCCUGAAGAGCUCAGACAGAAUUGUGGCAAGGCACAGAUCUGGCCAAGGUUACAAAAAAAUUUCUGCUGCACUUAAGGUUCCUAAGAGCACAGUGGCCUCCAUAAUCCUUAAGUGGAAGACGUUUGGGUCGACCAGAACCCUUCCUAGAGCUGGCCGUCCGGCCAAACUGAACAAUCGGGGGAGAAGAGCCUUGGUGAGAGAGGUAAAGAAAGAACCCAAAGAUCACUGUGGCUGAGCUCCAGAGAUGCAGUCAGGAGAAAGUUCUAGAAAGUCAACCAUCACUGCAGCCCUCCACCAUUCGGGGCUUUAUGGCAGAGUGGCCCGACGGAAGCCUCUUCUCAGUGCAAGACACAUGAAAGUUUGCUUGAGAAAAAACAAACAAAACAAAAAAAAAAACACCUGAAGGACUCCAAGAUGGUGAGAAAUAAGAUUCUUUGGUAUGAUGAGACCAAGAUAGAACUUCUUAGCCUUAAUUGUAAGCGGUAUGUGUGGAGAAAACCAGGCACUGCUCAUCACCUGUCCAAUACAGUCCCAACAGUGAAGCAUGGUGGUGCCACCAUCAUGCUGUGGGGGUGUUUAUCAGCUGUAGGGACAGGACGACUGUUUGCAAUUAAAGGAAAGAUGAAUGCGGCCAAGUACAGGGAUAUCUUGGACGAAAACCUUCUCCAGAGUGCUCAGACUAGGCCGAAGGUUCACCUUCCAACAAGACAAUGACCCUAAGCACACAGCUAAAAUAACGAAGGAGUGGCCUCAGAACAACUCCGUGACUGUUCUUGAUUGGCCAGCCAGAGCCCUGACUUAAACCCAAUUGAGGCUCUCUGGAGAGACCUGAAAAUGGCUGUCCACCAACAUUCACCAUCUAACCUGACUGAACUGGAGAGGAUCUGCAACGAGGACUGGCAGAGGAUCCCCAGGUGUGAAAAACAUCAUUCCCCAAAAGAAUCAUGGCUGUAUUAGCUCAAAAGGCUGCUUCUACUAAAUACUGAGCAAAGGGUCUGAAUACUUAUGGCUGUGUGAUAUUUCAGUUUUUUUUUUUUUUAAAUAAAUCUGCAAAAAUUUCAACAAUUCCGUUUUUUUUUUUUUGUCAAUAUGGGGUGCUGUCUGUACAUUAAUUUGUAAAAAAAAAAAAAAAAAAGAAGCUAAAUGAUUUUAGCAAAUGGCUGCAAUAUAACAAAGAGUGAAUGAUUUAAUGGGGUCUGAAUACUUUCUGUACCCACUGUAUGUACAGUAUGUCCUAUAAAUAGGUUGUGCCUACACUGGUUGACUUGAGGUAAGCAAAAGAGACACAUAUUCAUGCAUGCAGACAUAUUCAUAAUAAAUGAAGAGUCGAAAGUGCUUGAUAGCCAUACUUUACAUUCAAACCUUUCAUAUUUAUGCUGAUGACCAUGGAAGUUGCCAAAUGACCCAUCAAGAUCAAUUAGUGAGUCAAUGUGUCACCCAAGAACAUUUGAACAUGGUGCGCAAAUCAGACGUCAAAACCACAGAUUGAAAUAUUCGACCCAGACACUAAUAAUUAUCAUUGUCAAUGAUUAUUGGGUUCUCAAUUAUUUAAAAAAAAUUUUUUAAAAAAAUAAAAAGUUAUUUGGUGCCGUUAAAUUGCACAAUGUACAACUUUGGUGUUUGUUUGGGUGACAUUAAUUAAAUAAUGGUGCAUGAUGACUAAUCGUUUCUUAGGUCAAGUUAUCAAUUGUUCAGUAGAAAAAGUUUCAGAAUCAUAUAUAACAAAAAUUGACCUAAAAUGUAUUUCCAAAUACAGUAUUUAAUCGGGGCGGUUCCAAUGAAUUCAUUUGGUGCGAUGUUGUCAUAGAAUUUGUAGACAAUAGGAAACAAUGUUGAGCCUUACCAAUGCUAUUGUUCCAUGUCUUUAAUAUAUAAAUGUAUUUUAAUACUCUGUUCAGUGUUUUUGAGGCUUGUCUGUCAAGUUGUUUCCAAGUUUUGCUUGUCUUUCGAAACGGCAAGCAACACACAAAACAUAAUCAGUUCCAUUGAUGUAUCGGUCAUACGGCAGAAAUGUGUGCAGCAACGUAGUCCACAUGAACAUCAAAUGGCAAACGACAACCCAGAAAAGUAAGUUGAGAUUGUAGUCGAAAUUCUUUCAUGAGCUGAUGUCCUUCCUUCUUAUUCGCUACGCAGGCAACAUGUGCUUUCAUGUGAUUGGCUCUGCAUCAACAACGAGCACACCACUCUCCGAAAUGCACACACUAUUUAUGUAUACAGUGCAUGCGUAUGAUUCAUGCUAGCUUUGAAAAUAGUUUAUUUUCAUUAUUGAACAAAUUGACCUUUUGUUAUAAAUUUUGCAUAACAGUUUAAUAUAUUGUAAAUAAAUUAUGGUGAUUGUUUUACAAUGCCUUCAGAC